AUCAUAACAAAAUUUCUUUAUAUAACCAAAACACCAAUGUUACAAAUCAUUGUAAAAUUCUUCCAAAAUUUGUGAGCUCCAUAGUAAAAAAUGUAAAAAGUAAAACACUAUUUCACGUGCAAACCCUGUGAAGAAUGUAAGAGCGAUUUAAUCACCAGGCCAUCAUUCACUCCCUGACAAAAUUUAGACAAACAAAAUUGAAAAUACAACCUCUAUAAGAAGGCGUCCCCUGCCUUCUCUGAUCAGCCCCCGCAACUCUUCCCUUCCAUAAAUCAGAAACAGAGCAUCAGCAAUCUCUCCAAUGGCGCUAGAGGCUCUUGAUUAUAUCUUCCAGCAGCAGCAGCAGCAGCAGCAAGACUCUACUUUCUUCACCGAAUUCACCUCCAAAGACCCUCUCUACUCCUUCCUCGAAUCGACGCCGAACUGGAAGCCUGAUUUCGACGGCGGCGGCCAUUGUUUUCUCGACAACCAAGCAGAGCCCGUCUUCCUCCACCAACACACUGAUAAUGAUCCUCACCAUUGGGAAAAUUACUUCCCUACCCUUCACUACCCUUCCUCCGUAACGGCCGGAAAUGUCACUGGCUCCCCUGAAUUCAACGGCGGAGUGGAUCCAACAUCAUCAUCUUCUUCCCCAGCCGGCGCGGCAGCGGAGGCAGAGGCAGAGGCUAUUCUGCCGCGGGGGAAGAAACCGCGGCGGGCGAGGAGCAGGAAGAACAAAGAGGAGAUCGAGAGCCAGAGGAUGACUCACAUUGCCGUCGAGCGUAACCGGAGGAAGCAAAUGAAUGACUACCUCUCUGUUCUUCGCUCCCUUAUGCCUGAAUCCUACGUUCAAAGGGGUGACCAAGCUUCCAUCAUCGGCGGGGCAAUUAACUUCGUGAAGGAGCUGGAGCAGAGGCUGCAGCACUUGGGAGCAAUACUGCACCACAAAGAAGCCAAGCGGAAGCUGACCGAUCAAGGAGAAGAUCAUCAAUUGCAUCCGUUUGCUGAGUUCUUCACCUUCCCGCAGUACAGUUCCUCUGCCUCCUCGCGACUGCCGCCGUUGGUUGGGGAGAAUUCUGCCAAUAACUUUGACUCCCAACAGAUCAGUAGCAGCAAGACGGUGGGGCCCCGAGUUGGUGACGUGGAGGUGACGAUGGUGGAGAGUCACGCCAGCGUGAGGGUUAGGUGGAGGAAGCAGGCGAGGCAGCUGCUGAGGCUGGUCGCCGGGCUGCAGAGCUUUCGCCUCUCUGUUCUUCACCUCAAUGUCACGACGGCGGCGGAUGAUGAUGACCGCCAACUUGUGCUCUACUCUCUCAGCCUCAAGGUUGAAGAGGAUUGCAGGCUGAAUACGGUGGAUGAGAUCGCCACAGCUGUUUAUGAGAUGCUAGAUGGGAUUAGUCAAUAAACAUAGCUUCAAGCUUAUCUUAUAUCUGAAGAGACUAAUUGUUUGGAUCUGAUCAUAAGUUAUUUUAAUAAACUAGCUUCAUUUCCUUUCCAGUUUUAUAUUUUUCUUGAUGCUGCGCUAGUUCCCCCAUCGAGUACUGUAAUUUGUGAUUGCCCAAUUGCCUACAAAUUCAUCUAAUACAUAUCAUAAAGAAUUAAGGGUUCUAAUAAUUUGAAUUAUUGAACAAAUUUUGAAAUGUUAUAUGAUUUUUUAUACAGUAUAUUAUGCCAAUGUUAACUUGUGUCCCUUAAUUACUUGAAAUAAACAAUGAUGAUUCCCAAGUUUCAAGCUUUAAAAAAAAAAUUCCAUCAAUGAAGACCAAUUUAAUGAAAUGAAAAAUAUUUA